CGGCGCUCUCCCCGCACACGCCCGCCCUUGCGCCGCCGCUGCCAUUGGGAGCCGAGCAGCGCCGAGGCGAGCCGAGCCGCGCCGAGCCGAGCCCAGGCAGCCGCCGGUCCCGCUCCGCCGCCAUCGCCAUGAGCUUCUUGUUUGGUAGUCGCUCUUCCAAAACCUUCAAACCAAAGAAGAAUAUUCCGGAGGGGUCUCACCAGUAUGAGCUGCUAAAACAUGCCGAAGCCACGCUUGGAAGCGGUAAUCUCCGGAUGGCCGUUAUGCUUCCAGAGGGUGAAGACUUAAAUGAAUGGGUUGCAGUUAACACUGUCGACUUCUUCAACCAGAUUAAUAUGCUUUAUGGAACCAUUACGGACUUCUGCACAGAGGAGAGCUGCCCUGUGAUGUCCGCUGGCCCAAAAUAUGAGUACCACUGGGCAGAUGGGACAAACAUAAAGAAACCAAUUAAGUGCUCUGCACCAAAGUACAUUGAUUACCUGAUGACUUGGGUCCAGGAUCAGCUGGAUGAUGAAACGCUAUUUCCUUCUAAAAUAGGUGUACCAUUCCCAAAGAAUUUCAUGUCAGUGGCAAAGACAAUUUUAAAGCGUCUCUUCAGAGUUUAUGCUCACAUUUAUCACCAGCACUUUGAUCCAGUGAUCCAGCUACAGGAAGAGGCACACCUUAACACUUCUUUCAAGCACUUUAUAUUUUUUGUUCAGGAAUUCAACCUUAUUGAUAGAAGAGAACUUGCACCACUUCAAGAACUGAUUGAAAAACUCACCUCUAAGGACAGAUAAAAGGAAGAGCGUUUCUUGAAGUCACUUGUUACUUUAAGCAAGCGUGUGGUAUUUGUUUUUUGUUCAUUUGUUUUUUUAAAAAACAAAACAAAAACCUGUGCUGUUACUAAUGGCAGCCAAGAUCUACUUUCUGUGCUUUUAUUAGGGGAAAUCUUUUACCUGUUAGUGACACGUGGUAAAUAGCUUUUUUUUUUUUUUUGAUUGUUGUUAUUCAUUGUGGAAUUUUAGCAGGUGCUGAGUGUUAUAAAGGAAACAUGCUUUGUUGGGGGAUUGACUCUGCUGGUGGAUGGGUUCUUGUAUUGUGUCAGUGGUAGCCCAUUCUCAUGAAGUCCCUAAAAGACUUGCUUACAUUCUCUAAGUGCCUUGGCAGACUCACUUCUGAGGUGCAAAGCACAUACAGUACUGAACAUUGCUGGAAACAGAAAAUAUGAACUAACACCCAGGACACUUACUGAUACUUGUUUUAGAAAAAUAUAUAUAUGCUUACACUAAAAAAAGCCAUAACUUACUGAAAUCAAUGAUCUCCAGCUUUUAAUACAAAUAUUUGUCUUAUUUUUUUAGAGAUUAAUAUAGAUUUUUUCAAAACUAAAUAUUUCUUAUAAAGAAAAGCAAUGGUGAAGUUCUAUUUGCUAAAGCGAAAUGAUGAAGGCGUUGUCAAAAUUACAAAGAACCUGUGCUUAGCAAGUAGUUACGUUUCUGUUGCCAUUGGUUUUGGCUUUUCAUAGUUGGUUUUAUUUUUUUAACAGGGAAGCAUCAACUUGGGUCAGUCACUUCUGUUAAGUUUCCUAGCAUUUGCCAAAUGAACGGUUAGUUUGCACAGAUACAGUUAGGGAAAAUAUUCGAUCUAAAAAAAUGCACUGGGGUAAUACUUAGAAAAAUCUGGCUUGAAGAAUAACUAGUGAAGUGACGUUUGUAAGUUGUGAACAAAAAACCUGGCUCUGUGGAGGAGCUCUGGUGGCUAGUGUUUUCUGUGGUAGGAAAUGCAUCUUGGAGGGAAUAUAAUUUCAUGGACCAUGAGAUAACCUAAUCAAAAUGUGGCUUUCCCCCACCUGGGUUAGUGUCUUUCCCUCUCUAGCCUUGUGUUUUCUCAAACCAGAAGUGAGAAUCACCUGUGAGAAGGUAAUCUCUGGGAUGAUCCACAGAUGAUGACUUGGAAAUUUAUGCUGCAACUGUAUCAGUCAGGUUUCCCAUUGCAGAAGCCCAUAUGACUAGCUGUCUUGUUCAUUUACGGAUCUUGUCAAAGCCGUUGUAUUUUGGAUUCAAAGAAAUCUGUAUGGGGUUCUGCAAUGUGCUAUCUCAUGAUAUCAGCAGUUGCCAAAUACAGUACACCAGGUGGUCAAUGUUGCCAGGCUUUGAUAGAUUGUGACCUUGCAAAACCACCAUUUUUAGACCUGAGUAGCAUGAAGAUGUUUGAGUGGCUGGUGUACGCUAGACUGACUCUUGAGCCUCUAAAAUUUGCAGGCGAAGCCAAGGUUAGCAUGCAACAGAAAAGUUGAGGUUAUGUUUUGUGCACCUUUGCUUGACUGAAAAUGCUGAGUAAAGUGGAAAAUACUGUGCAGCAGCCUGCAAAAUAUGUAAGUGGCCAUUAGUAUAGCCAGCUAAUAAACAUCUAAGCACACUCAUUUUUGGGAGACUAGAAUUGCUACUUCUGAGUUAAAAUGGUCUAUUUCAGAAGCUUCUGAAGGUUGUUUUAAGACCUAUGUUAUCUUCAAUGGAGUUAAAUUUCCUAGUCUGUUUCAGCUGCUUCCUGGAGAAGCAAUUUAAUGUUUUGUUACCUCUUCUGUCUCUCUCUGUCUCUGUCUGUCUCUCUCUCUCUCUCCAACACCCC